AUGCACUCCGUCACCAGUCUCGCAGCUCUUGCUGCUGCACUCCCCAGCGCCCUUGCUGCUUACCAGGGCUUCAACUAUGGAUCGACGUUUAACGACGGAUCGAUUCGGACACAGAGUGACUUUGAGUCCGACUUCAAGACUGCCGCCGGUCUUGUCGGCACGGAUGGUGCCUUUACCAGCGCCCGUCUGUACACGAUGAUUCAAGGUGCCACGACCAGCGACCCGAUCUCGGCCAUUCCAGCGGCCAUCAGCACCAAGACGACGCUGCUGCUGGGUAUCUGGUGCUCAGCUGGCGACGCCACUUUCGCCAACGAGCUGACGGCCCUGAAGAGUGCCAUCUCCACGUACGGCUCGGAGCUGAGCAGCAUCGUUGCCGGCAUUUCGGUCGGCAGCGAGGACCUGUACCGCAUCUCGGUGACCGGCCUCAAGACGAGCGGCGGCAACCCGGGCAUAGGCCCGGAUGUGCUAGUGAACUACAUCAAGCAAGUGCGCGAGGCCAUCGCGGGUACGGCGCUCGCCAACGCGGCCAUCGGCCACGUCGACACGUGGAACGACUGGGUCAACGGCAGCAACAGCGCCGUGAUCGAGAACGUGGACUGGCUCGGCGUGGACGCAUACCCGUACUACCAGACGACCGACGGCAACGACGUCAGCGAGGGCAAGUCGCUCCUGGACAAGGCCCUGACCGAGACGGCCGGUGUGUCCGGCGGCAAGGAGGUCUGGAUCACUGAGACCGGCUGGCCCGUCAGCGGCGAUGCCAGCGGCCAGGCCGUCGCCUCGCUCGCCAACGCCAAGACGUACUGGGAUGAGGCCGGCUGCCCGCUGUUCGGCAACACCAACGUCUGGUGGUACACCCUGCAGGACUCGGCCCCGACCACGCCCAACCCCAGCUUCGGCGUCGUCGGCUCAACCCUGUCCACCACUCCCCUGUACGAUCUGUCCUGCUCCAACACCACGUCGUCGACCUCGUCCAGCGCAUCUGCGUCUGCGUCUGCCUCCACCAGCGCCUCUGCCUCCACUAAGGUGUCUUCCGGCAGCGCAUCUGCCACUGCCACCAGCACUUCUGGCUCCAGCUCUGGUUCCGGCUCUGGUUCGUCCGGCGGGUCCAACAGCUCCAGCAGCUCUGGCGCAUCUGCUUCCGGCUCGAGCUCCGACUCCAGCUCUGCCUCGCUGUGCUCUGACUCUUACGUCCGCCCCACCCCCAGCUCUUCCGGCUCUGCCGGCUCUGGCAGCUCUGGCAGUUCUGCCGGUAACACUACUGCCAGCAGUGGCUUCCCUGCCUACACUGCCAGCUCUGGCGCCGGCUACAACAGCACCCUGACCUACAAGGUCUCUGCUGCUGGCUCCAGUGCCACCAAGACUGCCAGCGCUGGCUCUGGAUCGGGCUCUGGCUCUGGCUCUGGCUCCGGCUCGAGCACCACCCUCACUGCGAAGGUGGGUUCCUCGGCCACGGCCUCUGGAGCUGCCGGCUCUUCGUCGACCGGCUCGGCCUCGUCGACGCCGUCGACUGUCAUCUCUGGCAGCAGCGCGGUGUCCGGCUCGAUUGGCGCCGCGUUUGCCGCCAUCAUGGUGGCCAUGCUGGCUCUGUAA